CGUGAUGGGUGUUUUGAGUUUAGCGCUGAGAUGUAUGAGUGUCAACGCUGCUUCCCGCGCAGGCAGAGAGAGGCUUGAUUAACCAGCAGCGACGAGGACGCCAGUCGCGAAAGGCUGCUCUUGAAUUAUUUUCGGGUUGCUGGAUCAACUACGCAGGUAUUGACUAGUAUAUAUUUACGGCACUUAAGAAGAUGUCCGGUCACGGCGCUCCUCUAUAUGGGACCUCUCAGACAAAGGCUCCCGAAGCUCGUCAAGAGGAAGCCAAGAAGAUCGAGACUUAUAGUGCGCUAGAGCGGCUCGUCCGUACUAAGAUCCGUGAACAAGAGUUCACACCCGAGACAUUGCAGAAAACGUCAGAGUUGUUAUCAUGGAACCCUGAGUACUACACGAUAUGGAAUUACCGGCGUCUGGUCCUUCGUGACACGUUCUCAGUCGUGGCCGCAACUGGACCAGAUGAUCAGGCCGCCGAUCAGAUAGCCUCUAUGAUCAAGUCGGAGCUGCAAUUUCUAUUUCCUCUACUUCGCAAAUUCCCAAAGUGUUACUGGAUAUGGAACCACCGCCGGUGGGUUUUGGAAGAGGCCCGGAUUCUGCUUCCGACUCCAGUUGCGCGUCAAUUCUGGCAAGAAGAGCUUGCGCUGGUAGGCAAGAUGCUCAGCAUGGAUAAUAGAAACUUCCAUGGCUGGGGUUAUCGCCGUGCAGUGAUCGAAGUCCUUGAGAAUUUCCCGCCCGACAAGAAGAGCAUGGCUCAAGAAGAAUUCGACUACACGACGAAGAUGAUCAAGACCAACCUCUCUAAUUUUUCUGCGUGGCAUAACCGGACUAAGCUUAUUCAAAGGCUGUUGGAUGAGAAAUCAGCCAGUGAUGAGGAGCGCAAAAAAAUGCUUGAUGAUGAACUGGCCCUUAUCCACCGUGCCUUUUUUGAUCCCUACGAUCAGUCUCUCUGGUUCUAUCACCAAAAUCUGAUGUGUACAUUUGACCCCGCCCUCGCACCCCAGACGAUGGCUCCAAAUUUGACGAAUGCCGAACGUCUGGACUACAUACAGACGGAGAUCGAAAAGAUCAAAGAUAUGCUGGAUGGGGAUGAUGACUGCAAGUGGAUCUACCAGUCACUUAUUGGUUGCACCCUGUUGGCAGCUAAGAUCGAGGGAGCCAUAUCCGCGGAAGCCAAGGCCAGUGUGUCGGGGUGGCUGAAUCGCCUGAAGGAACUAGAUCCUUUGCGGAGGGGUCGGUGGUUAGAUCUGGAGAGUUCCUUGAAUAGUUAGAAUGUGGAAAGAAGCCGAAUGGAAUGGAUCUGAAAUAUCUUGACUCGUGGCAUCUAGAAAAAGCAGAAACCUGGAUACCUAUCCCGCAACUAUGUAGGUGGAAUGCUUUGAGUAAGGGUACGCUGUGGCGCAACUAUGUAUGUGAGAUUGGGAGUUCACUGGUGUCGCGCGACCUCAUAGUCACAGUGAUAGAGCUGGCUUCCACACACAGAACCGUGCUUCUCCCUAACAGGGAAUGUAGCCAACUCCCUCGUGGUUUCGUUUCUGGCAGAU